AUGGUGGAGGAAGUUACCAUUGGGAGGGAUUUUGUGACGGUGCGCCGUGUGGACGAUGACGACACGGCGGCUGCAGUGCGACAGUACGCUGUUAGACUCGGCGGUAAUCCCACCGCGACACCGGAAGAAACGGCCGAACGGUCAGCGGCGCUCCAGCGGAAGGUUAUGGACGCCAUGGAAGAAAACUGCGAGCAGGUAAAAACACUUUCUGGUCGCAAUGACCCUAACGAAAGUGUGGACGGUGGCGGCGAAAACACCGAGGAUAAUCUAGGUUCGCAGGGCGGGGUUGCACUAGACUCAGUGGAUGAGGCCGCUCUGCGUGAUCUGGUGCGCAGCACACAUUGGAGUGAGCUAAAGCUUCAUGUUAGCGCCCUUCUCACGGAUCACCUGUACAGUGGUCGGGCUCAUAUCGACGCAGAUGCUCCUCACCCGCAUCCAGAUACCAUCCCACAGGAUGGCGAUUCUGAGGUAGUGGUGGUGUUGAAAGAACUUAUCUCUACCACGAUUAGACCACAGCUUCAAGCUGACGGUGGUGACAUUCGCUUUGUUGGGCUUGCGGAUUCAGUGAUGCUGGUUGAGAUGCUGGGAGCGUGCCGUAAGUGUAGGAGCAGCAAGACAACUCUGAGGGAUAUGAUUGAACGGACGACACGGCACUGGGUACCAGAAGUGCAGAAAGUUGAGGAGGUGGAGCGCGGGGGCUCGCAUGAAAGGCAACGGCAAGGCAAGGACUAA